AUGUUGGACACACAAAGAGACCAGCCGCCUUGGUCGCUGUUCCGCCAAAAUCGCAAAGUUCUCCAACGCUUUCGCACCGUACUUCGAUAUCAUCAAUAUCUUUGUUCAGGUGAAGCCCGAAUACAUGGGUAUCGUGUGGGGCUCUCUGCGAUUAUUAUUUCAGGUUCGAUUUUCACUGUUGUCUCUGCGCCUAUGCACACUCAUCGCAAUCUGCAGCUUGGGGCAAACCACGUUACAUUUCUGGAAAAGCUGACAGACUUAUUCGAAACGCUGUCCUUGUCGUUACCUCGCUAUCAACAGCAUUACGAGUCUUGUAUGCGACGCCAGUUCGUAUCAAUGGACAAGGCUCGCGUGGUCAAAUUGAUGACUUUCGUCUACGAAGACGUUGUUAAUUUUUGCUCUGAGGUUUACAAGAUCUUCCGUCCGAGGCCGCAGGAAAAUGACUUCAAGCGUGCUAUGCGUAUGAUUCGCCACACGGUAUGGAGACCAUUCGACUCCCGCUUCGAAAGCUUGCAAGACCGCAUGCGCAGACAUCAAGAACUGUUCGACCGGGAAAUGCGAGUGUUUGACCAACAGAUAUUGAUUCAACAUUUUGAAGAAUUUCAGCAAUAUGUGAAAGACGGUGAGGAAUGUGAGGAGCAGGAACGCGCGAAAGUACAAGCAGCUCAGAAAAAAUUGGCAGAUGCAAGAAUUGGCGACCUGAAAAGGUGGAUUUGCAACACCGAGUACAAGGACACAUUUGAACAAGCUCUUCGUAGGAGGCAUCCCGAGAGCUGUAGCUGGAUGUUGGCAAAUUCUCGCUACGUGGAGUGGCGCGACAAUGCUUUCGAAAGGGCCGAGAGCGAUCAAGUGACUGAGAACAAGACUUCUUGGAAUUCCAGACUUCUCUCUUUGCAUGCAAAACCAGGCUUCGGCAAGACGAUUCUCUCUAGUGCCAUCAUAGAAGACCUGAUGGGUCAUGCCCAGACAGCACGAACGGGAAACACAGGCUUCGACAGUCUGGCAGUUGCCUUCUUUCAUUUCGACCAGACAACACGUAUGGGUGGGAGGAUUUCAGCUGAAGCGUUCCGGGCUCUCGCCGCACAGCUGAUUCACAUCCAUCGUAACGCAGAAGCAGUCAUGGACGCUCUAUACAUAUUAUUUGACGAACAAGCUGGUGGUCAGCGACAGGCUUCUGCAAAUGAGGUGGAAGCGGUCCUCAAGAUCCUUUUGCAACAAUGGCCGGCCUUCUUGGUGAUUGAUGGUGUUGACGAAUGCUCGGACAGCACAGAUUUUCUCCGAAACUUGUGGGCCAUACUCAACGAGUCGGAUUGCAAGAUCCUCUUGCUUAGCCGGCCAAACCUGGAGUUUCCACACUCCUACCAAACGCAUUCUGGGCUCACAGAUUCAUGGCAAAUCCACCUCAACCGGAGCCAGAACACUGAAGCAAUACGAUCAUGUUUGCGAUACGACUUGAAUGUCUUGACGAGCCUUUCCCUGUUCAGCCGAAAUAUUGAUGACGGAUUGGUCGCUGAACUCGCACAAAGGUCGAACGGCAUGUUCCUUUGGGCUAAGCUCUUGGUCAACUACCUUGAGUGUCCGGCCUUGACACGACGGGAAAGGAUGGUGGUGCUAGAAGAUGCUAACCUCCUUGAAGGUCUGGAGACACUUUACAACACUAUUCUUAAUACCCUGGAAAGGUGCUACGCCAGACAGAAACAAGUUGCUGCCGAUCUUUUCAAAUGGAUGACGUUCUCAUUGUAUCCUAUGGGAUCGGAAGAGCUUCAUGUGGCUUUAGCCAUCGUGCCUGGCGAACCCACUCUCGACCAUCAUCUAUUGGGCAACUGGCCAAGAUGCAUUCGACAGAUUACUUGCGCACUUGUUGAUAUUGAUCCGCAAGGCCAGGUCAAUUUCAUCCAUCUCUCCUUGAAAGAGUUCCUGGAGCGAAGCCCCUUCUGCAACUGGACUUUCUCCCUCCGGAACAAACGACCCAUCCAUGAAAGAAUAGCGAAGAGGUGUCUCUCGUACUUGAAAUAUGAUAUUCCAGAGAGGCCCCUCCGACGGCUGGAUCGCAGCAUAUCCCUGGAAACUGGUAUCACAUCUUGCGGCGUUGAAGCUUGUCUGGAGGAACGGCUCACGCCGGUGGAAAAUCGCGCAGUUCUUUUGAAGAAGUACCCUUUCCUCCAAUAUGCCGCGUUCUGUUGGGCUACUCAUCUGGCCAGAACCUUGUCACUUCCAGACAUAUCCUGGCAUGCUCCGAGCUCAAGGGAGCAUGAUCGACACCUGAAGAGAAACCACUCGAGUGCAUUGAGUGAAUGGCCAGAGUACCAGAUUGAGUUCUCUAGGACAAAACGUCUACGGCAUGAGACUGACACUCGGCUGGAUUCAACCCUGGAUUCAACCUGCGAUGAAAAGCUUCCGUGGGACCCUGAACACAACGAUGGUGGCAUGGCUUCCACGUUCCAAAAUUCAUCCUCACAGGUAUACCGUGAACAAGGAGGGCGGUCUCAACCACGGCAAUCUGAACAAGCCAUGGAGAUAGAUUGGACGUCUAUCCUGGCCGAGUUUCUUUUGCGCCGUCACUCGGUAACAGCCUGGGUUGAAUCCUGCUGGACAUUCAAUUUUCCGCCAAACCUCUCUCGUCUCGACGGACUAUUGCAAGACCUGUGCACCAGACACUCCAUCAAGGAUUUAGAGGGGCGGGAGAUGUGGUGGAUCUCAACAGGUGUCCAUCAACUGUCCGACGCCCUGAAAGAACUGCCCCGUGAGACACUCCUCCACAACCCCACGUUGAUUUGGCAGAAGCAUUUCACCAUGGCCACGGAUCAAGAGUAUUGGCCCAAUUGGGAACUGGAGCCAGAUGAGAGAAAUGUUGAUGAAAACGAGUCGCUCAUUGUACGUGCCGGCUUCCUAUCGCGUGGUGACGCCCCGUGCGUCGGAUUGGCAUCUGCUCUUAUUGAACAGACAUAG